CUUAUUGAAGUAAACAAAUGGUUCUUGUAUUCUCUAAAACACAUUUUUAUUAGUUCUGGCAUGCUUUCUUGCUGACCAAAUAUUUAAAUUAAGAUAGAAUUGAUUGCAAGUUGUACUGAAAAGCCCAGUUGCAUCACUUAAGUUUUUGCUCAAAUAACGUUUGUUUCUUUGUUGACCAGCUGAAUAGGUGAAGUUGCUAAAAUGCCAGCUAGGCCUGACGUACAGUUGGAAAAAUGCCUAGAUGAUGCCACAAGAAAAAAUAAUUUCCAGUCAUUAGAGCAAUUUCUGCAAAAAGAAAGUAAUGAUGGUAUUUCUCAUAAAUGCAGCAAGCAGUUUUUUAACAAAUUAGACAAACUUAUAUGCCGGGAAUUAGAUGAGAAAGAAGUAAAGAACGUUUCAACUUUGUUAAAUUCUCUUCAGAAAUUUGGUAAAAAUAUCAGCAUACAAGGUGAAGAUGGUAUUCCAGCAAUGAUAAAAUAUGGUCUUGUUGAAAAGAUGGUUAAUUGGUUUGAAAAGGCAAAAGAAAUUCUGAUACAUAAAGGAAAUGAAAAAAAUGACAUGCUGGAAAGUCUAAUUGAAGAUUUCUUUGAUGUUUUAAUGAUUGUACAUGAUAUGAACACUGAAGGUAAAAUACAAAUACUAGAAAGCUUUAUAUUGAGAACAUGUGCCCUUGUUGCUGAUGUAAGAAUUAAUUUUUAUAUUCAGCAGGAGGCAGUAAGAAAACUUAAUGUAAUGCUUGACACCAUGCCUCGAGAUGCCCGGAAAAAAAUCAUUUCCACAAAGGAAAUGUUGCUUAUCAUGAAUGACAUGGGAAAGAGAAUUUUAGAUGCUGGAGACUAUGACUUACAAGUAGCCAUUACAGAAGCUUUAUGCAGAAUGACAUCAGAGAAACAAAGAGGAGAACUGGCACGCCAGUGGUUUUCUAUGGAGUUUGUGACCAAUGCAUUUAAAGGAAUUAAGGACUCCGAAUUUGAAACAGACUGUAGAAAAUUUCUUAACCAGGUGAAUGGCAUACUAGGGGAUAAAAGAAGGGUUUUUACAUAUCCUUGCUUAGCAGCAGUCCUUGAUAAACAUGAGCUACAGAUACCACUGGAUGAAAAUCUUGAAGAAUUUUGGAUUGAUUUUAAUGUUGGCAGCAGAAGUAUAUCCUUCUAUGUAGCAGCAGAUGAUGAAGAUCAUCAAUGGGAAACAGUUGUUAUACCUGAAGAAGAUGUAGAAAUGUACAGCCUUGAAGAAAAAGAAUCAAAGAAGUUAUUAACAGUAAUUCUAAAAAACCCAAUGACCAUCUGUAACCAAGAAGGAGGGCAAAUCCUAUUAUAUUUUGAUCCUGUCUUGGAAAUCAUAGAUGUGGUCAGAAAGGUUUAUGGUGCAAAUAAAUGUAAGGGGUUUACUAGGAAGCAAGCUAUAUCGGUUGCCAAAACAUCAGUGCACAUCAUUUUUGAUGAAAGUGGAUCACAGGUUCUUGUACCAGAAAGUCAGUUGUCACCUUGCAUAAAAGGAAAGUCAGAAAUAGAAAAUAAAUCCAAUAAGUCCAUAAAGCAGCAACUUUAUGACGCACAGAAAAAUAUGAAUAAAAAUACUAAGCAAGACAACUGCGAACAUAUUCGAUCCAAGAUCAUCACACCUAGUAAGAGAAAAGUGUCCGAAGCAACAGUGGUUAUCCCAAGAACUGGUAGCUUGCCUGAUAGGAGCCCAUUGGUAUUUGUCAGUACCUCAACUCCGCGAAAGGGUCGAUUUAAACUACCUUUGCAAAUGAUGUGUUCUUCUGAAAGAACUAAUAAUAACUCUUUAACUGAGGGUGGAAUAAAGAAUUUAAAUCUAGAGCCUACUGGAGCAUGUAUGUCUUCUGUGUCUGAAUCUCUUAAAAGGAAUAAUUCUGCAGAAAAACAAAUGUCAGCUGAAGAAGUUUUGGAACUGAUGCAAAAUGAGGCAGACGGUAAGACUGGCCAAAAACGAAUGUUAAAUGAACUAUUAGAUAUUGUUCCUGAUUCCCAACCACUAGAGAGAAAUUAUAAGCCUCUAUUGCCUGGUAUUUUGGAAAUUUCUUCCGAUGAAAAUAAAACCUGGAAAAAAAGGGCAUGUUCUGUGCCUGAGGCAAUUAUAACAAGCUGUGACAAACAGAAAACAAAUACAUCAGCAGGACAUGCAUCCCAUCAAGUUUCUAUUCUUAGUGAAAGAGUUUCCAAACAAAGAGCUUUCUGUUCAAUUUUUGAAAGUACAUCUCCAAAAUGUCAGAGUAGAAAUAUAGAAAAGAAGCAAAAAAGUGAAGCUAAUAAAAUGAAAGAGGAAUACUGCAGAAUGCAAACUGAGCAAUCGCUAACCACCCCUAAGCAUUUGGAACAGAAAAUACUAUGUACAGCAGCAACAGAUACUCGCAGUAUACCUGAAAUAACACCUUUUAAAUCAAUUCAUCCAGCAAGAAGGGCUGAAAAAUCUUUGAUGAAUGUUGAUUUAAUGGAGUACAAAGGUAAAAAAGGGACUACAAAUUGCAAAAGUUCUGAGAAGAAAGCAAAAUCCAAAGAAAUGGCUGAAGCAGCAGAAUCACUAAUAAAUAAAAUUAGUGACAGAUACAAAAAAAGGAAUGACAGCAAAUGUGCAAGAAAAGUAACAGAAUCUUUAGGUAACAACAGAUCAUUACAUAAGUCCGGAUUCAGUGCCAAUAAGGAAAUAGUUCAGAAUAGAAGUUAUAGAAACCUGAAAACUGCUACUACUCUUAAUAUAAAUGCAGGAUAUGUGGAUGAUGUCUACAAUUUCAACACAAGUGGAUUUGAUGAACCUACAAUAAAGCUUGGAAUCCAAGAAGUACAUGUCACCAAACUGAAAGCUAGUACAAACCCAACAAAAAAACUGAAUCCUGAUGAAAAAAGAACUGUCACUGAAAAAAAAGAAGGAAAAAAAGCUAGAAAUAAUCAAAACAAGAAGCAUCUGUUCAGUGACACAGACACAGAAUACAGAGGUGAUGACAGCAAGACAGACAUUAGUUGGCUACAGGAGUCCAGUAGAAAGCAUAAACCUCAGCUAACAGACUAUAGCAGAAAUCAGAACCUAAAGAAACCAAAAAGGGUAGAAACAACAGAAGUAGUCCCUGAAGCUGCAGAUCUGAUGGAUAUCUCUAAAGAGGAAAAAACAAAGAACAAAAAGGUACCUGCUUGUAAAAAAACAAGCACAAAGACUGAUGAGAAUAGAAAACAAACGGUCAAACCAGAAAGGCCUCGAAGAGCAGCAUUAUCCAAAAAAAGUUACAAAGAUCUCUCAAAUUCAGAGUCAGAGAGUGAAGAGGAAGCUUUAGAGUACCCUGUUAAACUAAAAAUGCAGAAAGAACAUGAAAAUGGACAAAGCAAAACAGUCAAGCAAAAGAAGACCACUGGCUCUACAGAUUCAAAAAAGGAAGUAACAAGAAAACAACAGAUUAUCAAAAAAAAAUCAGAAGAUCUUGCAAGACAAAGAAAAAAAAAAGGAUCACCAGUGCCAUCAACUGAAAGUCCAGCAUCGAUUGAAACAGUGAGAGGUUCUGAGAAACUGUCAGAGGCAGCACUCAUCCAAGAGCACAUUGCCAUGGAAAGAUCAACAUCAUCUCUUCAGGACCCAACACCAGAAAAGGACUCUUUAGAUGCUGUGAAACUAAUGUCCAUUAAUAUGCCGCAUGCAACAAAAAAGAAUGAUCAACAUACAUCUCUAAACCAGUCUCCUGAAAAUACUGUGAGAAACUCUAUGUUUGAAAGUGAAUGUUUUUCACCAGGAUUAAGUCCAGUCUCUUUGCCCAGCCUGACUCCAGUAACCAUAGACAAAACUGUCACAAGUAGAAAAGUCAUAGAGGUUUCUGUACCUGAUGUAGAACUGAGCAAUAUUAAUGAAGCAAUCCAGGUUGAAAAUUACCUUUCUGGCAAACUCGCCAUUGAAGAAAUGAAAGAUCUCACCAAAAAUAUCGUGCAAAGUAAAAGAGAGGAAUCCUUAUCUCCAUCUCAGUUAACCACUUCUAGUGGAGACAAAGAACAGUCAUGGCAUAAAGAACCUGUAGGUCACAUACAUGAAUCUGGACCUUCCAUACAUUCCAAUCUCAAACGAAUGUAUUGCAAUGACAUAGAAAGUGAUUCUGAUGAAAUGAUGGAAAUGAGGAAAGAAGAGGAUGAAAAACAAAAGAGAAAAAUAAAGUUACUCCCUAAAAAAUUAUUCAAAGCAGAUGAAGAUAUUGCCAGUAGUAGAGUGACUGAAAGCAUAUCUACUGUAUCUAUAAAUGACUUGUUUACUACGGAUGGUGAGGCGUGGGAACCUGGGUGUUCAAGUGUAGGGAUAUAUCAGAAGCUCCAUAAAGAAUUUACUAGGAAAAUUCAGAGCCGCUCAAGAAGAAUGGACCAUUUUAACAAGCAGUCAUUAAAAACUGCUCAGCAGCAUUUGACAACAAUGACUUACGAGCUGCAUGAAUACAGGAUCAAACAGCUGGACAAAUUUCAUGUCGCUAUCAUGGAGGAGCUUGAGAGUUUCGAAAAAGAUUCCCACUCUUUGAAAAAUAUGGAGAAAGAAUUUUUGAGUUUUUGGAAAAAGCAGGCAAAUACUUUUAGUGUGUACAGGAGAAAUGAGCAACAGAGGAUUCAGAUUCUUAAAACUUCAUUUGAGAAGAAUAUCUACCAAAGUGUUGAGUAUGAGGAAAAUAUCUUAACUUCUGAGAUGCAUCUAAUGAAAGAAGACAUGAAAGGUCUUCAAGAGAAGCUCCUUAAGGAAAUGCAAGAAGAGGAGCUAUUUAAUGUUCGCAGAGGAUUGCAGACCCUGUUUUUGUCAGAAGGAAGAAAAUUCUAAUGUCAAAUUUAAAUACUUUAACAAUAUAUUGUUAUAUUCAGAUUAGUUCUCAGUAAUGUGAAGUUUGACAAUCAUAUUCAGCGAAAGCAAACCACUGCUAUGAAAUCUCUUUUUUUCUUUAAAGAUUGUAAUUUUAUGUAGAUAAACUCUAUUCUGUCACAAGCAUUUGAGGUUUCUUUUGAUUACCAUAGUAAGAUGUAAUAUGUAAAUUUGGAUUUUUAAAGAAGUGCUAUUUUUAAAGGAUCUCCACAUAAGAUGCAAGGGAUGUUUAAUAAUAAAGGAUCAUUUUUAAAAGAUGUAUUUAUUCAUGGAUGUAGAAAAGUGGCCAUUCCCAAUUGACAUGAAAAGGUCAUGUUUAUGUCAUGACUCCCUGUAGUGCAUUGUGUCCAGUCAGGUGCAGAAUAUGACUGCAAAUUAUUUUAGCACAUUAAAAGGAGAUCAGAAAGGCAUUUCUGGAAGUCGCAUCCUAUUUAACCCUGCUAUUAGCUUUCAGUAGAAGUUUGUUGUAGACUAAAAUCAUUUGUAAAAUGUGCAUGUUUUUACCUUAUUUUGCAAAUAUAUAUUAAACUUUCCAUGACGCACA